AUGUCGCAAGGACUAACGGAGGUGCUGACCAACGGAUUCAAUCUUAACGAAUUUCCCUUUGGUCUACUGAACGGAAAGCCAUUCAAAAAGACUGGGAGUUCUCCCGUUUUAUCUCCAGAGAUUCGUCGUUCUGCUCCUUCAACUCCCACUCCGACUAGCUCUACGGGAUACAUGCAGUUCCCCUUUGUCGAAAAGUCACUUCAACCUUCCAUCAACGGUACAACAAAUAGUGUGAAGGAGAAACUCCUAGCUGCAUUAAGAGAAAUAAUCCCGCACAAAUCGACUCUUAAUUUACGUAUGCUCGUCACCUACACAGUGGAUAAUGCCAAGUCCGAUGUGAUUGUGAUUGACGAGACUCUUAAGCGCAAAGAAUGUGAGUCUUCAGCACCGACAGGGAAUAUUCUCGAUCUCUCCCAGAAGUCAGAAGACUCUACGAAGCCUUGCCACACAGACGAUAGUGCGGGAUGCAUGUUGCAAAAGUCUGUGGCACCAAUUAUAGGCCUCGUUCCUAACAUGACUGCUCCUCUUGGCAUCAUUCAACCUACGGACUCCUCAGCUCCAGCGGCGUUAAAUACCGAAGCCGCCCUUUUGAUGUUACAGACUUUGCUCAACACUAACAGUACAAAUCUCGCUCAAUUGAGCUCGUUUAAUUUCUCUCUCCCCAUGAACAUAACGCCCCUGCAGCAAGGCGAAAUAAAACCGCAGGUUUUCCCCAAUGAAAUCGCUCCAAACGUCACCAUCACCAACUGCGAGACCAUUCUACCAAACAUCCAAUUUGGACCGAAAUUAGAGGUAUCGGUUCCUGCAACAAAUGAAAGCGGGAGUCGAAGUUCCUCUCCCCUCUCUAAUCAUGAAAGAACCUCACCUCUUGGGACUUUCAAACCACUCCAAAAAUCCUCUGCUCAAGCCGUCUCAGGCAGCUUCAGCCGGCGCUACAUGCAUCCGCGACGCUUCAUUUGCAACCAAUGCCGGCAACAGUUCUCCUCUUUGGCUGAACUUAAUCGUCACACACUGGAAUUGCACAACUCUUUCCGAUGCAAUUUUUGCAAGGCAAAAUUCACCCAACGCUCAAACCUUCAGCGUCACUCCUUGAAGCACGUUGGAUUUAAGCCCUUCACCUGCAACAUCUGUCAGAAGGAGUACUAUAGAAAAGACCAUUUGGUUAGGCACAUCGAAGUUACUCAUCCCAAUGUUGAUCCCCGAGUGAACAUCACCACUCGUUUGACCUCCUCCGAAUGUCUUGACUUCCUUGAUAAUCUGCACGUCUAUGGCAAUUCAGAGGGCUCAGUGGAAGAGACAAAUGUGUCGUCGCAAAACGAUGCACUAUCUGCAUCAAAAAUUUCGCCGGUAAAGAUGGAGGAGAGUUCCAUACGGACGGUUGAAGGUCCUCCUGAGGCCUCCAUAACCGCUAUAGGGGAGGGAGAAGAAGAAACUCCUGAAGUUGAGUCGCCUUUAAAAUCUGUAAUUGGGAAAGUUGAGCAAACUCAAUCAAUGGAGACGUAG